AUGAACAACCACACACCGCCUUCCAACGGAAUGCAGAGUCUGCGGAAGGAGCACCUGUACAAGGUGCUGGUCAUUGGGGACCUGGGGGUCGGUAAGACAUCCAUCAUUAGGCGCUACGUGCACCAGACCUACUCCACCAACUACAGGGCCACUAUCGGCGUGGACUUCGCCCUCAAAGUGCUUAACUGGGACUCCGAGACCAUCAGACUCCAGCUCUGGGACAUCGCAGGCCAGGAGCGCUUUGGUAACAUGACGAGAGUCUACUACCGUGAAGCUAUGGGGGCCUUUAUAGUGUUUGAUGUGACGCGGCCUACAACAUUUGAGGCUGUGAUAAAGUGGAAAGAGGACCUAGACUCUAAACUCAUGCUGGCAAAUGGACAGAGCAUCGCCACUGUGUUACUGGCAAACAAGUGCGACCAGGGCAGAGAGCUCUCCAACAACUGCAUCAAAAUGGACCAGUUCUGCAAAGACCAUGGAUUUGUCGGUUGGUUUGAGACUUCAGCAAAGGAUAACCUCAACAUUAACGACGCAGCCAACUUCCUGGUCAAACACAUUAUGGCGACGGAGCAUGACAUCAUGAAGUCAGUGGUUCCCGACACAAUCUCACCUCACAUUGAUUCUAACAGACAGAUGAGCUGCAGUGGCUGCCUCAAAUAGACAUGGACAAUAACAGGACAUGCCCCAUGUGGACUACAGGGGGCGCUACAUAGACCA